AUGUGGAGAUGGGCAAAUGUGGAGAAUUUGGAUAACUUCCUGGCAGAUGUUUAUGAUUAUUUUUUAGGGAAUGGGAUAAAAUCCAUCCUCUUGAGCCGGGUUCUGAACCUUUUGACCCUGGCAUUCGUAGUCGGUUUUACAGUCUUCCUUACCAACUGCAUUGAUUAUGGACGGGUACCCCAUGAUCUACGACGACUCUAUCACUUGCACGAUUUUUACCACUAUCUCCUAGGUAUAUCGGAUACAGAUAUUCAAACAAUAUCAUGGCAAGAAAUCGUGAGUCGACUGAUGGCGCUACGCGAUUCAAAUCCGUCAACCGCAGGAGCUGUGUCUGCAAAGCAUAGGAAAUUUUUGGGUAGCCAAUCAAAGCAACGAAUGGACGCCCAUGACAUCGCCAACCGUUUGAUGAGAAAGGACAAUUAUCUUAUUGCGCUUUUCAAUAAAGAUAUCUUGGAUCUGACCCUUCCGAUUCCGUUUCUCAGAAACCGUCAACUUUUCUCACGGACUCUAGAAUGGAAUCUCCACUUUUGUAUUUUGGAUUAUGUGUUCAAUGAUCAGGGUCAGGUCAGAACCUUAUUUCUCAAGGACACCCAUCGGAAGGCUUUAAGUGACGGAUUAAGAAGACGAUUUCUGAUUAGUGGACUUUUAAAUAUAUUUAUUGCCCCUUUUUUUCUCAUCUACUUUAUGAUGCAUUAUUUCUUCCGCUAUUUCAACGAAUAUCAAAAAAAUCCUUCCCAAAUUGGCUCCCGCCAAUAUACCCCUUUGGCGGAGUGGAAAUUUCGUGAAUUCAACGAGUUGCAACACCUAUUUCAACGACGAAUCAACAUGUCAUACCCAUUUGCGACACGAUACAUUGACCAGUUCCCGAAAGACAAGACCGUCCAGGUAUCACGCUUUGUAGGUUUUAUUGCCGGUGCAUUGGCAUCAGUUCUUGCACUGGCUUCCGUUGUCGAUCCGGAGCUUUUCCUUGGUUUCGAAAUAACCCACGAUCGAACUGUACUCUUCUAUCUCGGUGUGCUGGGCACAGUGUGGGCAGUCGCACGAGGAAUCGUACCGGAAGAGACCCUGGUUUUCGAUCCUGAAUUUGCGUUACGAGAGGUGAUAGACUUCACUCAUUACCAACCAGCGCAUUGGCAGGGAAAACUGCAUAGUGACGAAGUAAGAACGGAGUUUGCAAUGCUUUACCAAAUGAAAGUGCUUAUUUUCCUGGAAGAACUUCUCAGCAUGAUCUUCAUUCCAUUUGUGUUGUGGUUUAGCCUGCCAAAGUGCAGUGACCGCCUGAUCGACUUUUUCCGCGAAUUCACGGUACAUGUGGAUGGACUUGGUUAUGUGUGUUCAUUUGCUGUGUUCGACUUUAAGAAGGGCACCAACGUCAUCCCUCAAAAUCAGGAUGUCCAACAAGGCCCUUCCCAUGAUGCUGGUCAAACGGAUCUUCGAAAUGAUUAUUUCUCGACAAAAGAUGGAAAAAUGUUAGCAUCAUACUAUGGCUUUCUUGAUAACUACGCCAACAAUCCGCGACCGGGGGCUCCGUAUAUCCAUGCUCCAUAUAGACGGCGUUUCCACCCCCCACCUGCAUUCCCUGCCCUGGCGUCCCCGCCUCUGAUGCCUGAUACAGGAACCGGCCGGCAAGGCCGAUGGGAUGCUUCACAACGUUCUAUCACCCGACAAAACAUGACCCAUGCUGGUGGGUAUUCCGUAACACCACGAACACCCCGGUUUGUUACCACAGCUGCGGCUGGAGCGCACAACUCGCCACUCCCUUCAGUCCUUCUAGAUCCACACCACCAACCAUCGGCGUCUGGCUUCCGUUCCUUCAACCGAAACGUUGCACAGUCCAGGUACCGCCCAUCGCGCCAGACACAUCCCAUAAAUGAUACAAUUCGAGAUGAAGAUGAACCAUCGACUACUAGUCAGAUAAUCCCGCACCUUAACAAACAGCCCUCUCAUAUUACAACGGAAUCUAGCGGUGCUGAUGAUAGUCAUAUGGAAGAGUCAUGGCGGAUGAAUCUCGCUGAUGGUGACGGUGAAACUGAUGAAGAAGCUGAGAAUGUCCAAGAUGUAAUUGGAGGCGCGGGCGUUCUUGGGUUGAUUCAUCAGUUCCAGAAAGUCAGCAAUGACGGACGCAGUGGCGGUGGAGUUGGCAUUUGA